AUGGUAACAGUAGAUCUUCACACGCCAGGAGCAGGUUUCUUCGACACUCACGUUACAUGGGAGGACAUAGAAGAGGACAUGCGGCGCGAGCUGGGCACUACAGCUUCAUUUGGACCGAAUAACUCCGUUCGCGUCAUGGGAGAUGGCAAGGGUUUCAUGUCAAGACUGCUCUCGUCGAAGCCGAUUGGCAGCCUAAAGAUGCGGAAUUGCCAGAUAAAUUUCUUCUCAAGAAUUAUCAAUGUUUCCGAACCGCUGAUAAACGGAUUUAAUGAGCGCUUCCUUGCUCUUGAUAAGGAAGAUCUUGGUGAUGAGAGGUUUUUUGGGUCAGGAAAUGACAAACAAACACCAGCGCUACGGCUAGACGAGUUGAGUUUGUGGCUUUGGAUUCUUUCGCUAAUGUUCUUCACCUUUCGCAAAACCUUAGCGUGGUGA